AUGGCUUGUGAUGCUCUUAUUUGGGGACUAUUGUUUGUGGGAUGCAGUAUACAGGCACUAUUGGCUAUAUCUGAGGACGAUCUGUCGGAAUAUAUGAAUAAGGAGGAAAGAGAAGCUUUAAAGGAAGAGGCAAGAGAUAUGUUUUAUCAUGCGUAUAAUGCAUACAUGGAUAAUGCAUACCCUGCCGAUGAAUUGAUGCCAUUAAGCUGCAAAGGACGAUAUAGAGGCUCUGAACCAAAUAGGGGUGACAUAGAUUCUACAUUGGGAAAUUUUUCUCUUACUUUGGUAGAUACACUGGAUACAUUAGUGGUAUUGGGAGAUUUGGAAGAAUUCGAGAAUGCAGUCAAACUUGUUGCUAGAGAUGUAAGCUUUGAUACAGAUGUUAUUGUUUCCUUAUUUGAAACAAAUAUUAGAAUGCUUGGAGGUCUUCUUAGCGGUCACAUAUUAGCUGAAUAUCUGCAACAGAGGGCUGAUAUAAUGCCAUGGUACAGAGGAGAACUUUUGAAUUUGGCUAAAGAUUUAGGAUACAGAUUUUUACCUGCAUUUAAUACAACUACUGGAAUACCUUACGGCAGAAUAAAUUUAAAACAUGGUAUGAAAGGAGUUCCUAUGGAAAUAUCAAGAGAGACAUGCACUGCUUGUGCAGGUAGUAUGAUAUUAGAAAUGGCUGCUUUGUCCCGCUUAACAGGUGAACCGAUUUUCGAGGAAAAAGCGCAAAAAGCCAUGGAUGUUUUGUGGCGAAUGAGACAUCGUGGUACAGAUUUAAUGGGAUCUGUGUUGAAUGUCAACUCUGGGGAUUGGGUACGAAGAGAUUCCGGGGUUGGCGCCGGGAUAGACUCUUAUUAUGAAUAUUGUCUUAAGGCAUAUAUUUUACUUGGUGAUGAGAAAUACUUGGGCCGUUUUAACAAGCAUUAUCAAGCCGUAAUGAAGUAUGUUAGUCAAGGUCCUAUGUUGUUGGAUGUUCAUAUGCAUAGACCGAAUACUAACUCCAAAAAUUUCAUGGAUGCUCUAUUGGCCUUUUGGCCAGGUCUGCAGGUUCUCAAAGGUGACAUUAAACCUGCAGUAGAAACGCAUGAAAUGUUGUAUCAAGUUAUGCAGAGACAUAAUUUUAUACCGGAAGCAUUCACUACCGAUUUUCAGGUGCAUUGGGGGCAUCAUCCACUCAGACCGGAAUUUUUAGAAUCGACUUACUUCUUGUACCGAGCAACAGGCGAUCAUUAUUAUUUGGGAGUCGGACGUAAGGUACUCAAAAGUCUGCAAACGUAUGCAAGAGUGCCAUGCGGAUAUGCAGCUGUAUCAGAUGUUAGAACUAACAAACAUGAUGACACAAUGGAUAGCUUUGUAUUGUCCGAGACAUUUAAAUACUUAUUUUUAUUAUUCGCGGAACCUAGUGAAUUGGUUUUAGACUUGGAUGAAUUUAUCUUUACUACCGAAGGUCAUUUAUUGCCGCUCACACUUGCUUCUAUAAGGACAAAUAUUUCAUCUGAUUUUGAACGUGAUAUAGUGCACGUGAAUGAAUUUGACCGUACUUGCCCAAAUAGUUUGCACUUAUUUCCGGCAUCAGUAAGGCAACCUUUGAGAAAUAUGGUUGAGGAUGUAUGCCCAAGACGGUCGAUUAAACGAAGAUUAACCGCAUCACAAUUUCAGGCGUAUAAUUUAGAACAUCUGAAAAUGUUGAGUGACAUGGGAAUAACAACUCUAACACUAGCGGAUGGACGGGUUCAACUUUUGCACACAUUUUCUAAUGCAAAGACACCACAAGAUUCAGAAGAAGGACUUUUGUUCAUGCAGGAAAUGGUCGAACUCACCAAAAUGCAAAUACAACCAGAAACUAAGCCGCAAAUAGUAAUGUUUAUAAAACCUAACACAAAUCCACCAGAAAAAGUUACGUUACUAGCCGGACCAGCACAGUUUGGACCUGAAUUACAGAAUUUUGAUAAGAUCACUGGAAAAGUGAUGUUCACAUAUCCACCUGCAGCUUGCACAGAUCUGUUGAAUGCAGAUAGACUGGUGGGUAAGAUAGUGAUCAUGGAUCGUGGAAAUUGCAUGUUUAUAGAGAAGGCACGAAGAAUUCAACAAGCCGGCGCACUUGCUGGAAUAGUAUUGGAUAAUGUUGCAGGUUCAAGCGCGGCAACUUCACCCAUGUUUGCAAUGUCGGGCGAUGGAAAGGAAGUAGAUGAUGUCACGAUACCUGUUGUGUUUCUUUUUUUCACAGAAGCAGCUGAACUGAUGAAAGCCAUUAACGAGGCAAAUGGCGAUCUUACUGUCACAUUAGGGAUAUAUUCUUCAAAAGAAGAAAUUCAGCUUAAAGCACCUACCGAUUUAUCGCUGUUUGAACGUUUGAAAGGAUCAUUAAAAUCAUUUCUCAGUCGACAUAUGACUCCACAGGCGACAACUAUUACAUCCAAUUUGGAUAUGGUGAUUCCUAUUAUUGAAUCGCAAGAAAGUCAGGAGGAUGCUAUUGACUUUCAUUACUUUCAUGCAGAAAUUGUGAAAGAUUCGCUCGGUGGUGAAGUGAGAAUUACUGCCGCAUCCGAAGCUACAAUUAUUGUUCUAAGACCAGUCUCUACACCGAUAGAGAUUUUGUGGCAUCAGUUAAAGGAAGUGUUCGUCAAUCAAAUAUUUCUCAAUACUAAACAGAACAAAGGUAUAAGAAUUAGAAGUUUUAUCUUGGAGAGUUACUACAAUUGGGUCAAUAAGGCGCGUGGCGUGCUUACCAAAACGUCACUAUCCUAUAAAGUCCGAUGGUUCUUAAGCGAACUGCUAGUAGUUGCGCCAAAUUCAUCUAUUAAGAAGAUAGGGCAGUUAUUAGAACCAAACAAACAGAAAUUAUUGAAACAUUAUUUACUUACUAAUAUGGAUACUAUGGUGCUAAAUUUAAAAACCGUAGCUACAAAAUUGAAGAGUAUAAAAUCUGUGAGACCUGAGAUGGAACAACUGUUAAAAAUUUCGGAAUCUGGUAUUGCGCAGGUUGAAAAUUAUUCAUUCCUACGUCAUUUAUUGACUGACUUGUUUGAUGAAAAAGAUGAUAUUGUUAAUCAACACGUCGCCCUCUUGGAUCGUAUUCAUGCAGAGGUUCAUACUACAUAUCAAGAAAUAUUAAUUGAUGGAGUGCAAAGGCAUUUGGAGAAAUCGGGAAUAGAAGAUAGCUCAUAUUACGACAUACUGAUUGCCGAUUUGCAAAAGAAUUUAAAAAAUAUAGAUAAAAGAGAAAAGUUACUUGGAAAAACUAAAGAAAAUAAUUUAGCAGUUGCGGAAUUUAUUAGUGACAGUAGCAACGAAGGUAAAUUAGGACUAGAAAGUAAAAACAUAAAAAUUUUGAAGAAAACUAAGGAAUCGAGCACCGAAAAGUUGGAGGAUUUCGAAUAUUUUAUAUUGACGGAAAUAGAAAAAGCUGUGAAAUAUUCUGAGCAAAAUAUAUUACAAAAAUAUGAAGACAUAAGUGACGAAUCGAAAAAUAGGAUCGAAAAUAAGAAAGAUAAGAAUGUCAUUAAAUCCGGUGAAAUUACUCUGCACUCUUCUCAAAAUCAAAGUGAGAGUGAAAAUAGAAAGAAUAAAGUUCAGAGUACCUUUCAGGAAGAGAUAGAUUUUCUGCGAAUAACAAAAGUAAUAGAUGUGAAACUCGAAGAAACAACCGAAGACAAACAAGCGGAAAAGUCUUCUGUUGACUCCUCAUCGAUUGAUACUAAGAUUCACGUUUCUGAUACAUUUGUGGCUAAGGAUAUGUCUAAUACGAAGACAGAUUUUUCCAAGAAAAAACAUGUUAUAUUACAAGAAUUACAAAAAGGCAUUAGUGAUAUACAGCAUGGUGAUGAGACUGAUUUAAGAGCAAAAUCUAAUCGAAAAGAUUUGAUUGAAAGUAAAGUUACCACUGGUUUAUUGGAAGAAUUGAAAAAUCCUAUGUGGGUUAUUAAUGAAGAAAAAGUGUUUCAAAAAAAGUCAGAUACGUUCCAUAGUACUACAGUAGCCGAUAAAUUAAAAUAUGAUGAGGAAAAACCUAUGAGUAAAGAUAAGAUUAAGGAAGUUAAACCAAAAUCGCGUGUAAUUAAACAUAUCGAUGAAUUAUAACAAUAGCUUUGAGAUAUUUAGGCUAAAUUAUAAUUAUGCAAAAAAAAAUUUUCGACGGCCAUAGGGCUACGGCAUUACAACUGAUAUUUUUGCAUUGUGAUCUAGAUGUGCGUACAGUUAACUUUAAUUAACUUAUAUUCAUGUAAGAAAUAUUCUAGAAAAAUUAUACCUAUCUUAAGAAAAGUAGAAUCAUCAGAUCAUAUUGUAACUUUAUGAGGAAUCUAUGGAUUCUAAAUUGGUGCUUAUAAGAAAAUCUAUUUCAAUUUGUUACUUGAAGAAAGAUGGUAACACUACUGUAAAAUAUAUAGAUAUCAUGGACAUUACUUGUGUGACAAACGUAUGUUAAAGUGGUUGUGAUGAUGUAUUUUGAGCAGGGUGCUAACUCGUGUACAUUUUGUGUAUUAUAGUAUAUUUUAUAGACCGGUCUAACUAAUUCCGAUUAACAUAAAAAAUCGGUCGAUCAAAUUCAUAAAUUGUGAACUGCAAAAUUUUAAAUUGAUCAAAACUUUAACCUAAUUUUUAAAUAUUUUUAUUAAAAAGUUAAUUAUUAAUUUAAAGUGUUAUAUUUUACUUUAAGUAAUUUAUACAAAAUGGACAAGGAGAAAACAAAAUUAAUAUAAUCAAUUUUAAAUUUUGCAAUUGACUAAUUGUUAAAUUUAAUCGAUCGACAAGCUAAUCGACAAUAGUGAGAUCGGCCAUGUAUGUUGAAACAUAAUAGCAGCGAAGUUCUUUCUUCCAUGGAAACAAUUCCGAUGAAUCUGUUUUACAACUUGUAAUAUACAUAUAUGUAUAUAUGUAAAAUAUAUUACAAGUUGCAAUAUAAUAAAUAUAUAUACAACUAUGAUUGUAAAUUAAAAAAAAAUAGCACAACAUUCUGCGGUGUGAGAGCAUUUCUCACGAAUGAAAACGAAUUAGACACAUUUCUUUGACAUUUAUAUGUAUUAUUUUACUCCAAAGAUGUGCCAUGAUUAAUGAUAGUAUACAGAGUUGGGAAGUUACAAGUAACGAGUCAUCAUUAUCUUGUUAUAAUAAUGAUUUGAUAAUGAUGUUAUACAAUUUUUUAUGGUAGUAAUGAUAAUGCCCUAGUUGGAAGAUUUGCUUCUAAUAAGUAAUUCGUUAGUUUACUCGUUAUGCAACGAGUAAAAGUAAAGUGUUACUAAUGUGUUAUCUUGACUCAUGUAACUAGUCAAGUUAUUAUAAAUAAUUUUUUCUCAAUGAGUAACGCAUUCAUUGUCAAAAGUUAUUCCAAGUCUGGCCUUAUCAUUAUUAUCAUGGAAAAUUAUAACAUCCAAAUCAUUAUUAUAAAAAAAGUAGCGGUAACGGCGUUUACUUGUAACUCGUUGCAAGUAUCCUGAUAUUGCAUAUCUUUAUAUAUUUAUAUAUAUAUAUUUAUAUAUAUAUGUAUGUAUGUAUGUAUGUAUGUAUGUAUGUAUGUAUGUAUACAUAUAUGUAAUAUCAGGAAUAUAUGUAUAAUAUCAGGAAAGGAUUACAUAUCCUUUCCUGAUAUUGUACAUACAUUUAUCCUAUAAUGCAGUUUAAAAUAAUAUUUAAUGUAAAAAACUAGGUUUCAAGUAAUUUCUUUAUUUUUUUGCAAAAACUUUAAUGUCAAUCAUUUUUGUCAAUAUAAUAUUAAUGAUUUAUGAUAUAAAAUAUCUUGUCUAAAGUUGUGCAAUAUUAAACUUUUGUAUCGAUUGCAUAUACUAUUGUAAAUUAUUCAUUAAAUAGUUCUAAAAAUUUUUGCAGAAUUUUAUUAUAAUUUUUGAGUGUAUUGUUUUUAAUUUUUAAUAAAAUAUUAGGUAUCCCUCUACUUAAGGUGGAUUUACAUUUUGGAACUUUGAUAAUAAAUCGAAUUGAUGGAAUAAUAUUUAUAUCAUAUAAAUUAAACAUUAUACGUAAUAUAAUUAUUUUAUUAUUAAAAGCGAUUACAGACCUCUAUUUAGGAAAUGUCAAAACAAAUUUUUUUCUAGAUUAUAUAAUUCUUAAUAUUUGCUAUUACAAAAUUAAUAUUUAAACACAGAUUAAUUUUUCAACAAGUGAUUGAAAAACUAUUUUUUUCUAUAAUACAAAAAUUUCUGUAGUACAAAUUUUUCUUAAAACUGUAACUCAAUAUAGUAUUUAGUAAAUUAAUAUGUGUAAAAUUAAUAUUUAAUGUAGUUAAUCAGUUUUAUUAAUUAUUAGUUAAUGGCAUGCCGAUCGUAAGCCCAAAAAUUUAUAAGUUGAAAUAAUCGUAAGUAAAGGAAUACCUGUAUAUUAAAAUGUAUAUUUUUUAUUUAGUAACAAAAACAAAAUUUUAUAAAGAGAAUAUUAUAAUCGUUAAAAAUUUUGAUGUUAGUUACAACUUGUAAAUUAAAGUACGCCUUAAAUAGAUAUGUACAAAGAUUGUCAAUGUAUAUAAUACACAAGAAAUAUUGCGUUAUAUAUGUAUAACAAUGUUAUAUGUAUAUAAUGUAAAUUUUAUUAUAAUAUAAAUAGAUAAUGGAGAUAAGUUUGGUCUUUUGAUAAUUUUGAUAUUUCCCUUUUUUAUUUGUAAAUUUGUGAUAUUAAUUAUGCAUGAAUAUAUUUUACACAGCAUCAAUAUCUUGUAAUAACAUACAAAAUGAUAAUAUCAUGUAUAAAUUUAAUGGUAAUGUAAUAUAUACAAUGUAUAUAGCUAUUUACUGCUCUGACUUUGAUCACACAAGUAGUUUCAGUUAAUUGUAUAUGUUAAAUAAUAUUAGAUAUGUUAUAUAAUAUAUCAAUUAUAAAUAUAGAUGCUAUGUAAUAUGCUAUGUACAUGUAAGUCCACUAUUUGAUGUCAAUUUGCUGAUAGAUGCCAAAUAUUCAAUAUCAAGAUAUGAUGUAUAUUAAAUGAUUAUAUCUCUUUGUUGUGUUUGAUAAUGCAUACAGAAUUAUCAUUUAAAUGCUACCACUUUAUACCAAGUAGUCUUUUGAGACAUGUUGAAAUAAAAAAAGAUUUAAAAAAUAUGAGAAAUGAUUAAUGUUAAAACAGAAUUAUCUUUGUGAUGAAAACAAAUACAACUUUUUAAAAUAAAACUAAAUAAUCUUCCUAA